AUGGAUUUUACAAGAAUCAUUGAAAACAUAAUUGCUGAGUUACAGCAGGAAAGCAAUGCAUUGAGAUCGAAGAUCAAGGAUCUUGAAGCUUCUUCAAACACUCUCACUAUCAAUCUAGAAGAGUCAUACAAAAAGUUAUCAGAAGUCACUGCAGAGAUUGUAAUUAUUAAAUCUGAAAAAGAUAUUCUUUCUGGAAAACUGAACAGGCUAAACUUUGAAUAUCAUGAGCUUUCAGAGAAAAUUGCUCAACAAGAUGUUAACAGAGAUAAUUUUCAAAGAGAAAUAAAUAACCUUCAGGAAAAGUUGACUGAGAAUGUGCAAGAGAACCUGCAAUUCCAAGAUAUGGAAAAUGAAAUUGGGAGACUGCUUGAUUUGGUAAAUAAUGCGAUCCAGGAAUCUGAUCAUCCUGCAGUUCCUUCUGAUGGUAGUGCAAUCAAGAGCUUGGAACUACUACUGAAAAUACUUGUUGAUAGAUACAUAAACCUUGUUGCAGAGAAGUCUAUGCCUGAAGAUUCUACGGGAUCUGUGCCUAAAGAUGCUAUGGAGCUUGUUUGUGCUGCAAACCAAAUUUCCACGAGUAACAGUGAAUUAGGAGAUGUUCCACAUAACAUAGCACAGGAGUUAAGCAGCAUGAGAGUAGAACUUGACAAUGCCAUCUCUAAUCUGAAUUUGUUGACAGAUGAAAAAAAUGAAUUUAUGGAGAGGUGCCUAUUUUUGAGUGGGGAAAUAGAGGCGAUAAGUAGACAGCAGGAAUCAUUGAAGGAAGAGAUGGCCACUGAAAUUGAAAAGAACAAGUUGUUGUCAUCACAGUUAGAUGUGAUUUGCAACGAAAAGAAUGCGAUGAGGGAGCACCUUACUCAGGAGGAGGAAAAGUCUGCUUCUAUCAGAGAGAAACUAAAUAUUGCUGUCAGGAAAGGAAAAGGACUUGUGCAGCAAAGAGAUGGCCUGAAGGAAGAAAUUGAGAAAAUGAAUAUUAUGAUAACACAUUUGAAUUCUGAGAGAAACCGGCAAGUAGAAGCAUUAGAAUCAGAAAAAGAAAUAUUAGAAAAUCAGUUUAAAGAGACUGUACAGCAUUUGGCUAACACUAACCAGACAUUAAUAGUUUCUGCAGAACAGGAAGCAAAGAAAUCCAAACGAACAGCUGAGCUGCUACUAGCUGAGUUGAAUGAAGUUCAAGAAAGGACUGAUAUCCUGCAGGAGGAAAUUGGGAAAGCAGAAGCUGCACUUUUUGAAGCAUAUAAACGGAAAGAUGCUACUGAUUGGUUUAUGAGGGAUUUUGACCUCCUAAGUCAUGUUGAGGCUUUUAUGGAAUUUAUUGAAACAGGGAAAGAUUUCAAAUCCCCUGUUAAUUUUCCAGCUGAUAAUCCACUUCAUGAGGUGAAUUUUGUUUAUGAUCUUUCAAAUUUCAAGUCACAUGGACCUACUGAGGGAUGCAAUUUAACUUAUAAUCUUGCUUUUGGUGUUGAAUGCGUGCUUGACUGUUUGAGUGAGUUCAAUGACCUAAAGAUAAAACUGCAGAAACAAUCCUUCUCAUUGGCUGAACAAACCAGCCACCUUGUGAAAAACAUAGAUUCUAUAAGAGAUGCUGAAGCUGUUGUCAGGAGCUCCACUACAGAGUUAGAGUCUGCCAAGGCCGCUAUUUGUAGUUUAGAAAAGCAGGUCGAGGCAAUGAUUAAUGACAAGAAAUCAUUAGAGUUAAGAGUAUCUGAGUUAAGCAGUUUGGAGGUGUCAUUGGAUGAACUAAACAGAAGGGUUAAACCUUUGAAUGAUGCAUUAACUGCCAAAGACCAAGAGAUAGAAACACUCAAGGAAGCACUUGAUGAAGAAGAGAUGUUGGUGGAAAGACUAGAGAACAGGAACAAGGAGCUACGAAGUACAAUAGAAGAAAAGACUAAUACCUUGGAGAAUCUCGAAGCUUCACAUGAAAAGACCCUAGCAAAGCUUUCAACAACGGUCAACAAGUUUGAUCAAUUGUAUAACUUGUCAGAAAGCCUUGUUGCUGAGGUGGAAAACCUUCAGUCACAAUUACAAAGUCGAGAAUCAGACAUCUCUUUCUUGCGUCAGGAGGUAACUAGGUGCACCAAUGAACUUCUGGCAUCACAAGGGAGCAACAAGAGGCAUUUAUCUGGAGCAAAGGAGUUUCUGAAGUGGUUAAACAUGACUAUUUCUCGUUUGGGAUUGAUUGAUAUUCACAUGAAUGGUGAUGAAAAUCAGAUUCAUGCAUUCACCAACAUUCUGGACAAGUCAAUAACAUCCAUUAUGGCUGAAUUAGAAGAUCUGCGUGCUAAAGUUAGUCAACAAAUGAAAAUGGCCUUGCCAGGGCGGAAAUUCAACAAUGAUCAAAUUGCUAUUUCCAUAGAUGUAGAGAAAGGCAAAAAUAUUAUAGAUGAUGAUGAUGAUGACAAAGGUUUUCUUGGAAAUUGUCCUGAAGCUCUUGAAGAUGAUGAAGCUACUUGGGCAAUUUGA